GACUGUUAAAAAAGGAGGGUUAAUCGAUCAAGGAGCUUCUCAUACUUGUGUGAACCUCCUAUUUGGAGAGGAUGACACUGUUGGCGAAGGAACCCACCCACUUGAUCAAGGAGCUUCCUAUACUGGUUUGAACACCCUUUCUCAAGAGUGUCAUACACCCUUUGUCAAGAGUGUCAUACGGAGCUUCCUAUAUUGUCUGCGUACCGAUACGAAGCAUAAUGUCUGUUUGCACCGGCAAUUGUAUAUUUUUACGUGUUAUUAUCGUCUGUGCAUACCGACAAUAAGGGUCGGCUUCACACAGUUGACAUUGUUUACUUUGAUGAAAAUGGAUAUUUUGCUUGAAGGAUGUCAUAAAAUAUAAGGGCUUCCAGGUAAGAGCCGGGAAAAAAAGCGAGUCAAUGUUCCUCAUGUUGCAGAUGAAGUGGUGAUCGCAAAUGUUGAAGUUUUAGAUUUAGAUUUUAACAUGACAUUAAAUUUUGUACAAGGUUGUAACUUGAAUGUCAAACUUUAAUGCAUCUACAUUUUGUAAACAUUUCCUCUAUUUGUAUAAACAGUUGUAAGUUUAUGUAAUGGAAUGUGUUUGUGGUAUCAUAUUGUAUGUUAAUGGAAUGUGUCUAUGUCCAUCGACAGUAAUAGGUGUGUUUAUUAUUAA